AUGGCGGAGGACGGCGAGGAGAAGCUGCUCGCCACGGUGCAGCACAUCGUUCAGACCCUUGGCCGCACCGACACCAUGACGGAGGAUAUACUCAAGGUCUUCUCCAACUACGACGGCCGCCUCUCGCUCGACAAGCUCUACGCCACGCGCGCCGCUGCGGCGGCGGCCGCAGUCGGAGGGGCUACUGGGGAGCGCUCCGUGCCGGCCUCGCCGCCCAUGCCGCCGCCUCCUGUGGCGCCGUCGGCCGCCGCGGCCAUGCCCCCGGUGACGUCGCUGGAGCGGACCGUGCGCACGCUGGACCGGCAGAUCUCGCAGUUCGUCACCAUGGAUAGGCUCAUAUGGGCGGACUCAGCGGACGCGGACGCGUUCCUGGAGGCGGUGGACGACCUCGUCGGCACCGUGCAGGAGCUGGACGCCGCCGGGACCAACCGCGGGCUGCUCGACCGCGCCGACGAGCUGCUGAGCCGGUGCAUGGCCCGGCUGGAGGACGAGUUCCGGGCGCUCAUCGAGCGCCCCGACGACGCGGCGCCUCAGGUGCCCGGUGGGUUCGGGUCUGAUGACAGCGAGGAGGACUACGACGCGGAUGACGGCUUUGGCGACGAGCCAAUCCCAAUCGCGAGGCCCGUCUCGGACUUCGACAUCGUCAUCGAUGCUCUCCCGCCGGGCUCGGUGUCUGAUGUUCACCAGAUUGCCCGGCGGAUGGUGGACGCUGGCUUUGGUCGCGAGUGCGCCGAGGCAUACGCGGCCGCACGCCGCGGUUUCAUCGACGAGAGCGUCGCUCGCCUCGGCAUCCGUUCCCGUACAGCCGACGAGGUCCACUCCUUACCAUGGGAGGAGCUCGAGUUCGACAUUGCUCGUUGGAUCCCAGCAUUCAAGAUGGUGUUUCGGAUCCUAAUCCCUAGCGAGCGCCGCCUCUGUGAUCGUGUCUUCGAAGGCCUCGCUCCGUACGGCGACCUUGCCUUUGUUGCCGCCGUGCGCACCCAGGCGCUUCAGCUUAUUUCAUUCGGAGAUGCAGUUGCUGCUGCCAGCCGCGCGCCAGAACGGCUCUUCCGUGUUAUUGACAUGUAUGAAGCAGUCCGGGACCUCCUUCCUGACCUCGAUCCUGUCUUCUCUGAUCCCUACUCUGCAGCUCUUCGUGCUGAGGUAUCAGCUGUGUGCAACACUCUUGGCUCCUCAAUCAAAGGUAUAUUCAUGGAGCUGGAAAAUCUCAUCCGCCGUGAUCCAGCCCGUGUUGCUGUGCCUGGUGGUGGCAUACAUCCAAUCACUCGGUAUGUCAUGAACUAUCUCCGUGCCGCAUGUGGUUCGCGGCAAACACUGGAAGAGGUGAUGGAAGGUGACUUGGGUGCUGUUGGCACAGCGGCUAUUGCUGUCGACCCUGAUCGCCCUACUUCGUCGCUAGCUGUGCACAUAGCUUGGAUCAUGGAUGUGCUUCACAAGAAUUUGGAGACCAAAUCGAAGAUAUACAGGGAUCCACCACUUGCUUCCAUAUUCUUGAUGAAUAACGGGAAAUACAUUAUUCACAAGGUGAAUGACAGUGAGCUUGGGGUUUUGCUUGGUGAUGAAUGGAUGAAACAGAUGAUGAGCAGGGUGCGCAGGUGGAGUAUGGAGUAUCAGCGUGGGGCCUGGGCAAAGGUCAUAUCAGUGCUGCAGACUGGAGGUCCUGGCGUUGGCAGUAUCACUGCAAAGUCCAUGCUUCAGAAAAUGCAGAUGUUUAACAGCUACAUGGAGGAGAUUUGCACGGUCCAGUCCGAUUGGGUGAUUGCAGAUGAGCAGUUACGAGCAGAUGUUAAGUCAGCGAUAGUGGAUUCUGUUAUGCCUGCAUAUAGAGGCUUAAUUGGGAGAUUGAGAUCAUCUCCUGAAGCUGCCCGAGACUUGUUCAUCAAAUACACCCCAGAGGAUGUUCAGGCACGCAUCCAACAUCUAUUUGAAGGAGUGGCCAAGUGA